AAUAUGCAUGCAAUUUCUUUCUCUCGCUCUCACAUUUCUCUUAUGGAGACUUAAUGAUAGCCUAAGAGUUUUGUUCAAAGCUUAACAUAAUUAAAGGGCGUUAUCCUUAGGCUAAUUCUUUCACAGACGUGCCUGAACACGCACGAGAAUCUCGUCAAUGUUUAAUCUACGUCCACAGAGCUACAAAAGCCUCCGUCCCAUAGGUAAAACCCUCUGUGAUGUCGAACCCGCUGAGGAUUGUUGACGCACAUUUCUAAGCGUCAAAAAAGCAGGAAAAACUGGUUUGAAGACAUUCUCUCUUCUCAGUUUCAGUCGUCUCUCCCAUGAUAAGAACAUGCUGUUUAACUUUGGUCGCUUUUAGAAGAAAAUGGAGACCUAUAGGAGAGUUUCACCUUUACGCACAAUCAGGGACCUCCUGGAAUCUCCUCUGACCGCUGAGGAAGUGCACAAACGAUUAACUGACGAUGAGGAUUCAAUUUCAAGUCACGACACUGACAUGGACAGAGAGUCCAACAGCUCAGCACUGUCCACAUUGGAUGAGUUACAAGAACAGCUGGCAGUGGAUGGUAACAGUGCAGAUGUGACAGGUCAAACUGUUGACCCACAGUAUACGAAUUCUGACCCAGACGCGCCCCCGAAGCCCCCUCGGUCCUACAUAGAUGAAGCGUUACCGGAUCUGCUCCGGAGCGGAAGCCCACUUCGCAGACGAGUGUCCAGUCCGGUGUCUUCCACGCUGAAGCAAGUGAAAAGGGAGGUGGCAUUAUCUCGGCAGCGCAGUCUGAGGCUCAAGGCUCAGGUGGAUAGACUGGAACAACAAAACGAAAGUGGACCUGGCUGGAGUGAAAACAGACAGCGGGUGGCAGAAGAGGUUCAGUCUGUUGUAAAGCUGCUACUCCCUCUGACAGAUUUGGAAGCAGAAGUCAAUCAGCCAUCCCAGGCCAACCCUUUAGACACCGCACUGCUUCAGCUGCAGAAGGUGGCCCGCACACUUGCCCUUAACCACUCCUCUCAGGGAAAGGAGAGGUCUGGGGAAGAUGCUGCCAUCUUACAGCAAGCUCUGCGGGACAGAGAUGAAGCCAUUGCAAAAAAACGAGCAAUGGAGACUGAGCUAUUGAGAAGCAAGAACGAAUUGAUGACACUGAACAACCAACUUCUGGAAGCUGUUCAGAGUCGACUAGAACUGACCAUAGAGCUGGAGGCCUGGAAAGAUGACGUACAGACCAUUCUUCAUCACCAGCUCCUCAAACAGCAGCAGGAAGAACAGGCUCAGAAGAAGCCUAAAGGGUUCAGUGUUUUGCGGCGCUCAAAUAAGCCCCUCCCUCCAAAACCGGAUUAUUCCACCCUGACGCAUGUGCCUGUUUUGACCCCCCAGACACCUGCGUCGACCCCCCAGUCACCUGCAGGAACACAGAGAUGGAAAGACAAGUUUAGACGUGGAAAAAUCAGUACACAAGGACCUGCUGAGUCUCAGCCACAAAGGAGCGACAAAGAGGACAAUUUUCAAACGGUUUCUUUGGACUGAUGAGGCCGUUUCAGUGAUACGUAACCUAUGGAUUAUCUCACAUCUCAUUGAUUGUUCAUUGAUUUAGCCUCACCACACUUGAGAAGUCCAUUCUAAGGAUGCAAAUAAUAUGAAUAAUGUUAUCACUCAUUAAACUAGAUGCUUUUUUUAACUGCAGAGGUUAUAUUAAUGUGACUGAUGUGCUCUGAGAAUCUUACAGGUUUUGUUGACGUGCAGUCAUGAAUGAUGUGAUAUGUGGUCUAAUCGUCCUAGUAAUAUAUUAAAAAAAAGGGAAUAAAGGUGACAGAGAAACAAUAAUACAUAAUUCAAGGCUGAUUUAUAAGGCUCUUUGGAAUAACCCUUUCAGGAACAUACGGUUUCCCUUUCUUUGUUUUUUUUUUUUUAACUAUUAAUUAUUAAUCCACAUUGGGUUCAGUUAUGCUCAAGGGCCAUUUUGAGGUGGUUUACACUGUGCAUUACACUAUAUUUAAAAGUUUGGGGUCUGUAAGAUUUUUUUUUAAAUGUUUUUGAAAGAAGUCUCUUAUGCUCACCAAGGCUGCAUUUUUUAAAAUCAAAAAUACAGUAAAAACUGUAAUAUUGUGAAAUUUAAAAGACUUGUUUUCUAAUUAAUUUUCCAUUUAUAUUUUAAAAUGUAUUCCUGUGAUGGAAAAGGUGAAUUUUCUGCAGCCAUUACUCAGAAAUCAUUCUAUGAAUUUUGAGUAAUCAUUCAAAUAUGCUGAUUUUGUGCUCAAGAAACAUUUAUUAUUAUCAAUGUUCAAAGCAGUUGUGCUUAAUAUUUUUUUGUGUGUAUAAUAAAUUUUUUUAGGAUUCUUUGAGGAAUAGAAAGUUUAACUAGCAUUUAUUUGAAAUAGAAAUCUUUGUAACAUGUUUUUUUACGGUCAUUUUGAUCAAUUUAAUGCAUCCUUGCUGAAUAUUAAUUUCUUACUGACCCCAAUCUGUUGAACAGUAGUGCGAGUGACUCUAACAGUUCUUGGUUUGUGCAAUGCAUUAUUGUAAAUAUUGUCUAUUUAUUUUGUGUAUAAACACCUUUAUACUUUGCGCAUAC